AUGGAAGCUGAUCAACUAGCAGCAGCAGUUCCCCAUGUGGCACUUGCUGCUUCGGCUGAGCUCGCCGCAGGGGACGCGACUGGCGGAGAUACGCGCACCGAUGGCGGAGCUUUGUGCGCGGAUAACGGCGCGCGCGGGAAUGAAGAUGAGGGGAGAGGUGGAGUGAGUGGGGAAGGCGGAAUAGAGAAGAAAAACGGAGAGGUAGGGAGCAACAAAGGGGAUGGAAAAGGAGAAAAGCGGGAUGGCGGAGAAAGGACGGAGGGCGGAGAAGGAGGGGAAGAGAGAGAGGGAUUAAGCAGCGGCAAGGUAUCGAAUGACGCUACUAACGGGGACACGAGUGCGCAGGACGACAAGCCGCUGUCGAAGAACGCGCAGAAGAAACUGGCGAAGCGGCAGGCGAUGCAGGAGCGGAAAGAGCGCGAGCGCGCGGAGGCGCAGCAGAAGCGUGCGGAGCAGCAGAAGCGCGCGGAGCAGGAGGCGGCGGCCAAGGAGGCGAGCAUGACGGCGGAGGAGCGCGCGGAGGCCGCCGCUCGGCAGCGGGAGAAGGCGGAGGCGCGGCGGGUGGCGGAGGCGGAGAGGCGGAAGGCGUGGGCGGAAAAGGCGGAGAAGGGUCCGGGGCUGAUAAUCGACUUGGAGUUUGAAGAGCUGAUGGGGGAGAGGGAGCUGUCGAGCCUGCAGCAGCAGGUCAUGUUCUCCUACGCACUGAACCACCGCGCCCCCUCCCCCUGCCGCCUCACCCUCUCCGGCCUCCCCCCAGCCAGCCCCUUCCUGCACCGCCUGCAGCGAAUCGCCGGCUUCGACAGCUGGCACGGCGUGACUGUGGAACCCCGUUCCUAUAUCGAAGCCUGGGCGGGCAGGGAGGGGGAACUGGUGUAUUUGACUGCAGAUGCGGAGGAGGAGGUGGGGGAGGUGGAAGCGGGGAAGGUGUAUGUGGUGGGGGGGAUAGUGGAUCACAAUCGGUACAAGGGGCUGACUAAGGGGAAGGCGGAGAAGCAGGGGAUUAAGACGGCAAGGCUGCCAAUCGGGAAAUACCUCAACCUGAAAACUUCCAAGGUACUGGCAGUGAACCAUGUGGUGGACAUUAUUCUGCAGUACCUGCAGCACAGGGAUUGGGAGAAAGCAGUGGCGGCUGUUGUGCCUGAUAGGAAGAAGACGGACAGACCGGAGGGUGACAAUAAUGAGAGUGAUACUAGUGAAAGAGAAGCUAAGAGGGCUAAAUGGACAGCCGACACGGGAGCUGAUCAACGGUUAUCCUUCGCGCAGGAUGGCAGUGUGAACAGUGCGAAUCCACGAUCGCGAAGAUCGCGAAGCUCGCGAGGAUAUUUUCAGCGAUGCCAGGCUGGCACGGAUGACUCGGCGCGCUUCACGAGCUUCGAGCGCGAGCAGGAGGGCAAUGAAGCGGAGGAAAGGCGGCGGACGGCAGCUGGGCGGCAGGCCGGUGGCCGGCCGGGCGUGUCGUUUUCUGCAGCUGGCCGGAACGGCGACAACAAUUUCAACGGCGUGUUCCUGCUGCUUCUGCUGAACCUUCUGGCGUUUCUAGCCGAUCACUUUCUACGGCUCCCAGUGUGGUCGUCUCUCUAUCUGCACCACGCCUCUCCGCGCUGGUACCAGUUCGUCACCUCAACAUUCUGCCACGCUGGCUGGAGCCAUCUCUCAAGCAACCUCUUCUUCCUCUACAUAUUCGGUCGGCUAGUGGAGGAGGAGGAGGGAACCCUGGGCCUGUGGGUGACCUACCUCGUGACAGGCGCAGGUUCCAACCUCGUGUCCUGGCUGCUCCUCCCGUCGUACACCGUCUCUGUCGGUGCCUCUGGUGCCGUCUUUGGCCUCUUUGUCGUCAGCGUGCUUACCCGGCUGCAGUGGAACUGGAGGAGGAUCGUGGAGGUGGUCAUUCUGGGGCAGUUCGUGGUAGAGAAGGUCCUGUCAGAGGCGCGGAACUCGGCAAUCAUGGGGGUGGGCAUGGCGGCAGGGUCGGGAGUGAACCACAUCGCCCACCUGGCAGGGGCGCUGGUGGGAGUGCUGCUCAUCUGGAUGGUGUCCCGCCUGCCUGAUGCCAGCAGCAGGGAUAGCGGGGAGGGGAGUGGCAAGAACCCUCGGUCACGCCUGCCCGAUGGGAGCAGCAGGGAUGGUGGGGAAGGAGUGGCAGGGACAGCAGCAACAGCACAGAUGGUGGGAAGGCAGCAGCAGAGUGCAACUCACGGAGCAUGCUGCUUGCCUGCUGACCCCCAAUCACUCUUUGCAUGCUCCUCUGCUGUUCCUUUGCUCUAG